AUCAAUGUUAUCAAUUCCCUUAUUUACCUGAGUGAGCAGUUACAGAAGAUCUCAUUUCAGAACAACAGCCAUCCGGUCUUCAAAAUCCCGGUGACUGUCUGCCUUUUUCACUGCCUCAACAAUGUAAUGAAAACUGGUGAAGAAUGUGGGCAGACAUCCAAGCAAGACACUGAGCAGGUAGAAGACAUACUGGAAAUGUCCUUGAUGGCUCUUGGGAAGAUCCAGGAAGCAUUUCUACAGCAGGACCAGUUUUCAAAAUCUUCAAUGUCUUUGACCUCUUCCAUUGCUACUCUGAUGCUGAGCAGCCAAAGCAUAUCAACUUUGCCUCUGAGCUCUUAUGCUCUGGGUUUCCCAGCGCCUGUGAGGUUAGGCUUUCCAUCAGCUUCAGCUUUGGAGGAGCUCUUUAAUAAACACCCAGGAAUUAACUUCCAUGUAACAGGACUAGCUUUUAAUACCUUCAGAGAUUUUGAUGACAGGAACACUAUUGGAAACAUUGGAAGCUCUAAUAGUAACUUGCUCCAAGUCCAUGAUUUAGCAGAAGAUGUUGAGAUCAUGCUCUGGAGAAACGCUGCCUUGGAAACCCACCCCACCAGCCUCAACAUGAACACAGACCAUUUUAUAAUCAUGGUGAACAUUACUUCCUUAGAGAAAUCCCUGAUAGUGAGCAUAGAGCCUGAAAGUCUUUUAAUGACCCUCUACCCAUUUCAGUAUCAGCCUACACACUUUCACCUAAACAUCACCCUUCCAAAGGACCAGGUGUGGCAGAAAAAUGAGGAAUACACGUGGGUGCUGAUUCCAGGGAGUCUGCAGUACGGAACUGGCACCUACUACAUAAAAGCUGUGCUGAAUAGAAGUGAGGAGACUGCUCAGCAGACACCCACCCUGGCCUCAGUUGUAACUGCUGUCACUCGGUGUUAUUUCUGGGACAGCCGCAACAAAACGUGGAAGAGCAGUGGAUGCCAAUGCACCACGGGCUCGGCCCCACAGAGCGCAGUUUGGAAGACACAGUGUCUCUGUAACCAUCUGACCCUCUUUGGCAGCAACUUCUUCAUUGUGCCCAGGACAGUGAAUGUUAAAGACACAAUCAAACUGUUCCUUCGUGUGACCAACAACCCUGUUGGUGUGUCAUUUCUGGCCAGCAUUUUAGGAUUCUAUAUGAUCAUGGCUGUGGAGGCUUGGAGAAAGGAUCAAGCAGAUACGCAGAAUGUGAAGGUCACUGUCCUGGAUGAUAAUGAUCCCAGCUUUCAAGUUCACCACCUUACUCAGGUCUACACUGGAUGUCGAAGAAGGGCCGCUACAACAGCUAAGGUUGUUAUCACUCUCCAUGGAUGAGAGGGACAAAGUGAGCCCCAUCACCUCUGUGAUCCCCAGAAGACAGUCUUACAAGGGGGACUGGAUGCCUUCCUUCUCACCACUCAGUCCUCUCUCAGGGAACUGCACAGCCUUCAGCUCUGGCAUGACAAUUCUGGCAUCAGCCCUUCUUGGUACACUAAUAAUGUGGUACGCCAAUUAUGUCACUUGAAGGAGCCCUAUAAUUGCUCCAAUUAUGCCACCAAAAAAGAAAUAUAUAGUUGUGUUGCACAGUGGCCAAGGAGUUCCUGUGUAGCUCACUGGGCAAGCCACAGUCUCUUGGUAGAGCGCUUUCAGAAUGAAAUCUCAUGUUUUUCCUCUUCUAAUUUCUCUUUUAGGCAUCUGUUUUCCUCCAUGAUUAUAGGAAAAUUCACUCAAGAUUUUCCGUGGCUCUCAGUUGAAACUCAUCAUCCCUGGGACCAGUUUACUAGAGUCCAGUGGCUCACUUGCUGCCAGGUGGCUCACCUGCUUCUCUGCAACAUGGUCAUCAGUGUUAUAUACUGGAAGAUACAUGACACCACUGCCAAGAGAGGAGCAAAGUAUGGAAAAGCCCUGAUUUGGGGUCCAAUUGCUGUGACACGGUCUGAACUGCUUAUCAACACCCAAACUACCAUCAUCCUUGUCCCAACCAGUCUUGUCACUGGGCGGCUCUUCCUGUUGAUUCAACCAUGGGAAACUCUGCCUCUCUUUUCUCCCAUCCAGGCCUCCUGCCUCUCAGAUGCUUCUUUUGAACCUCUCUCUCUCACAAAGGUAGUUGAGGAAUUAAAGGAAACUGUGGGAUUCCUGCUCAGGAGAAAUACAUACCUAUUCUCAGAGUGUGAACAAUCUUUGUAGUCUUGUGACCUUAAUAAGCAGGUGUAUCUUUUAUCCAGCCUCAUUUAUGCUCACUUAGAGGGUCAAGACUGUCAUCAGAAGGCAGAACCCCAUAGGGCAAAUGUGGUUCCCGAAAACCAUCAUCAUUUCUGCUAUUACCUUCUCAGAGUUCUGCAGAAGCUAAAGUCUCACUUAGGCAUACUGGGUCUCACCCAGGUUCACCAGCCUUGUGAUUUCCUAGAUGCAGCCAGCCAACUUCAAAAACUCUGGGAACACUUGGAAACACAUAUUCUUCCCACAGAGCAAGGGCCAUCCAGGGAGGCAACCAGUUUCCUCAUCCUGAGCCCACAAGAAGAUAAGAUGCCCAUCUCUAGUGGCCUGCCCAAAUGAGUGACUAUCUGCUGGCUCCUUCUAGGUGUCACUAGCCUAGCUUCAGCCUUUUUUACAACACUUUGUAGCUUGGAAUAACAAGACCAAGCCACCGGCUGGGUUAUUUCGAUGAUAUUAUCAGUGCUUCAGAACAUCUUCAUCAACCAGCCAAUAAAGGUGAUCUUCCUCACGUUCUUAUUCUCACUGACGAUGAACAGGAUGCCGUGGCUUAACACAGAGAAGGAACAACAAACAAAGAGAAUCUUGGCACUUUGCACGAAAUGUUCUUCAUCAUUACCUGGUUCAAGGAACAACCCCAUCUACAUAGCCCCAGCUCUGAACAGUCCAGUUAAGUGCCCAGAAAGAACCUUGAAAGAGAAGAAGCUCUUCAAGCUGACUGGAAGUAUUUUUGAACAACUCUUCCUUAUCAUGUUCAUGACUGUAAUCUAUUCUGCAAAGAACUCCAAUAGAUUUCACCUCCAUCAAACUAUCCAGAAAAGCUUUUCUCACCAUUUUUUAGUGUUGGGAAAACAGAAUAAUUUAUUACUAAUGGGAAGAAACUCCUUUCUUUUGGGCAAUGUUCUUCUUCAUCAGAUUCACAUUUGUGAUGUGGUACUCUUCCCAGCUAGAGUAUCUCCUCAAGAACAAGUGAAGCCACCUCACCAACAUCAGGAAGAUACAGAGAACUAUGGGGUUAACUAG